CCGGAAAGGUGGCACCAACAUUUUACUAGUACUUCAAAGUUGACAACACUAAAAGAAAGGCAACGAAGACACUGCCGAGCAUGAGCGACGUGAAAAACGUGGGAGUGAUCGGUCUCGGCGUGAUGGGACAACGCAUGCUGCGACUUCUCCACAAUCAGCCGGUGCUUCGUGCGACGUAUGUCUGGGACGCCAAUCCGUCCGCUGUGCAGUCCACGCUGGAGGCAUACCCUGAACUCAAAGCCGCCGCCAGCGCCGCUGACCUCAUCCAACAGCAAGGGUUGCACUCUUUGUACAUCGCAACCCCCCCGGCCGCGCACAUCGACCUCACUAACCAAGCCUUGGACCGCGGCUUGGCCGUGUUGUGCGAGAAGCCAUUGAGUACCGACGGCGCUGCUGCCAAGGCGACGGUCGAGCGUAUUGCCGCUUCUGGUGCUCGCACGGGCGUGAACUUUCCUCUCGCGACCGCACAAGGCCUUUCCCUGGCUGAAUCCCUCUUUGGAGAAAACAAACCCCUCGGCGUCCUCCAAAAUGUGUCCGUCGACGCUGCCUGGUUGCAGUGGCCGCGGCAGUGGCAACAAGGUGCCGGCGCGUGGUUGGCGGAGCGACACGAAGGCGGAUUCACGCGCGAAGUGUUGUCGCACUUUGUGUUUGCAAUCCAGCGAGUCGUGGGGCCACUUACCCUACUCCAGAGCGCCGCUACUUACCCGGAGGCAUCCAAUCUGGCGGAAACCGACCUCAGCGCUCGACUGACUGCAACUCGCGACAAUGCGACCGUAUCUGUGUCCAUCGAAGGGCAUGUGCGCGGAGACAUCCCGUGCUACAACCAAGUCCGCUUGGAGGGCGCGAACGGAACGCUGGUGCUCGGGCGCUGGUUCAGUGAGGUCCAAGUGCUGCCAAGAGACGGCAGCGACUUCCCAGUGGACAAGACGGAUCGCGAUGAUCUCGACUUGGCGUCGCACUGGGCCGCGCUUGUGGACGGCCAGCCGCAUACGCUGUCGAGUUAUGCGGAAGCGUUGGGCGUUCAACAAACCAUCGAAGCCAUGCUGCAAGGAAAGAAGUAAUCAACUCAAUUGAGUGUGUACUAACAGUAACGUUAUAGUAAUGGACAUUACUUUAUUUGUCGUA